GCCCCGCCCCUUCCGGUCGCGUUGCUUUCCCUCAGGAGAGGUCUCCGGGCCCGGGAGCGUGAGGAGGGCGGACAGACCGACAGAUAGAUAGGCAGAUAGAUAUGCGGCCGCGUCGGGCCCAGGCGGCGGGAUGGAGAACAGCUGCCGUGGAGGAGGAGGAGGAAAAAGAGGAGGAAAAAGAGGAGGAGGCGGCCGUGGUGGUGCGGCCGGCGCUGCACCGGAGCGCGGCCUUGGAGCAGCCCCUCCGGAGGCUGGAGGCGGCGCAGGAGGCUGAGAGCUCCAGCGACAGUAGCGACAGCAGCGAUAGUCCCCCGGCGGUGAGGACUGGGGGGAGAGGUAAGGAUCAAUCUGACAUGUCUUUUGAGGAGCUACUGCGGAUGCAGAGUGAUAUGAGAACGAGACGGGUCAAGCAGGCGACCAGUGGGAAGAAAACUGCAAAACCUCCCAAAGCCACGGCGAAGCAGCAACAAGACAAAAAAGGGCCGUUGGAGAUGUCUGCCAAGAAGCCCGUACCUUUUCUGAGACAAGUCGUCUCCGUUAGAAAGCAGGUCCAGAGAGACCCUCGAUUUGAUGACCUGUCUGGAGAGUAUAAUCCUGAAAUAUUUAUGAAGACCUACAGCUUCCUGGACAGCAUCAAGAAGCAGGAGAAGGAGAUGGUUCAGAAGCAGCUGAAAAAAUGCAGGAAUGAGGAGCAGAAGGAGAAACUCCAGCAGCUCCUGAACCGCAUGACACAGCAAGAACAGGCGCAGAAAAAACAGCAGCAAAGGAGGGAGAGGGAGCUGUUUUUGAAGAGACAACAGAGGGAAUUGGCCAAGCAGGGAAAGAAACCCUUCUUCCUAAAGAAAUCCGAGAAGCGGAAACUGGAGCUCGCUGAGAAGUAUGCGGAGCUCAAGAGGAGUGGAAAGCUGGAGAGCUUCCUCAGCAAGAAGAGGAAGAGAAACGCCAUCAAAGACAAGCGCCGUCUGCCCUCACAGAAGGACUGGUGACUGCUGGACAGACAUGCUGUUGUCUGGCACGGGGCCUCGCUCUGCCCUGGCCAGGCCUGGAAGGUGGCCAUCCCUCUUCCCCCUAUCUGCCUCUCACCGCACAGCGAUGCUGUUGGGCAGCCGAGCAGAGGCUGAACUGAAGGAAAUAGCGCUUCUUGUAGCUGAAAUGUCCUCUUCACUUGCAGUUUACACCACGUCUGGGUGGUGACAAGUCUGUCGUGCAGAUGCACGUGGUGUUGACAGCUGUCUCUGUCCUUGCACCUGCUCGUCUC